AUUUGCAAUCAGUUUUGACAGUUCACGCAAAUCGCAAAGUGCUUUCUCCUCCUUCAUGAUGGAAUCCUUAAAAUUCUGUGAAAAAUUGUAAAAUUUACUUAGAAAAACAGUGUUUUUGUAGUGAAAAAUAGCUAAAGGUUGUGCAUUGAGCACUUUGAAAAGAAACAGAAAGGAUGGCUCGUCAACUCAAUCCAAACCAGCAGAAAAUUUCUGAGAAACUAAUCAUUCUCAAUGAUCGUGGUGUCGGCAUACUAACACGAAUCUACAACAUCAAGAAAGCAUGUGGCGACACAAAAUCGAAACCCGGCUUCCUGUCGGAAAAGUCACUUGAAUCAUCGAUCAAGUUCAUUGUCAAACGAUUCCCGAACAUAGACAUAAAAGGUCUUGGUGCAAUCACAAACAUCAAAUCGGAGAUAAUCAAAUCACUAUCGUUGUAUUAUUACACCUUUGUUGAUUUGCUGGAUUUUAAAGACAAUGUUUGUGAGAUAUUGACGACCAUGGACGCCUUGCAAAUUCACUUGGAUAUCACUCUGAACUUUGAACUCUCGAAAAACUAUCUGGACCUCGUAACGACGUAUGUAUCGCUGAUGAUCCUUCUCUCCAGAGUAGAAGAUCGUAAAGCCGUUCUGGGCCUUUUCAACGCAGCAUACGAAAUGCAGCACCAGCAGAGCGAUCAAAGCUUCCCACGGCUUGGACAGAUGAUCAUCGAUUAUGAUGCUCCGGUGAAAAAGCUGGCCGACGAAUUCAUUCCUCACCAACGGCUACUCUCAAGUGCGAUUACAUCACUGACCAAAAUUUAUCCAAUGAGAAACCUUAGUGCGGAAAAGUGGCGCGAGUUGCAGUUGCUAAGUUUGGUUGGGACACCAGCCACCUUGCUGAAGGCGGCCAAAACCGAUACAAUGUCUUGUGAAUAUGUUUCGCUGGAAACUCUCGAUCGCUGGGUCAUAUUCGGUUUAAUGUUGAAUCAUCAGGCCUUGGGACAUCAGGAUUUAAUCACUUCCAUGUGGAUUUCCGCACUGGAUUCCAGCUGGGUUGUGGCACUGUUCCGUGAUGAGGUCAUCUACAUUCAUCAAUAUAUACAGACUACAUUCGAAGGCAUGAAAGGCUACGGCAAGCGGAUCUCUGAAGUCAAAGAAUGCUACAAUCAAGCUGUUCAGAAAGCCGGUCUCCUCCAUCGCGAAAGACGAAAGUUUCUCAGAACAGCAUUGAAGGAACUAGCUUUGAUCAUGACCGAUCAACCGGGCUUAUUGGGGCCGAAAGCCUUGCUGAUUUUCAUCGGUCUGUGCUAUGCUAGGGACGAGAUUCUAUGGCUGCUGCGGCACAAUGACAAUCCACCAGUUGUGAAGAGCAAAGGAAAGUCCACCGAAGAUCUGGUGGAUCGCCAGCUGCCGGAACUGCUGUUUCACAUGGAAGAACUUCGAGCGCUGGUACGGAAGUAUAGCCAGGUCAUGCAGCGUUACUAUGUGCAGUAUUUGUCUGGAUACGAUGCUAUUGAUUUGAACUUCAAGAUGCAGCAGCUGCAGGUAUGCCCAGAAGACGAAAGCAUAAUUCUCUCGUCGCUGUACAACACUGCUGCCUCGUUGAAUGUGAAACAAGUGGAGGAAAACGAAACCUUCGACUUCCGUGCAUUCCGACUGGACUGGUUCCGAUUGCAAACGUUCAUGAGUGCCAAAUCGGCCAUACGCAUAGUGGACUUUCCGGACCUGGCUCGUCUGCUGGACUCGAUGGUAUUCCACACUAAGAUGGUGGACAAUCUGGAUGAGAUUUUGGUUGAAACAAGUGAUUUGUCCAUUUUCUGCUUCUACAACAAGAUGUUCGAAGAUCAGUUUCACAUGUGCUUGGAAUUCCCGGCGCAAAACCGGUACAUUAUUGCAUUCCCGCUGAUUUGCAGUCACUUCCAAAAUUGCACCCACGAAAUGUGCCCCGAGGAGCGGCAUCAUAUCCGAGAGCGGUCCUUAUCGGUGGUGAACAUGUUUUUGGACGAGAUGGCCAAGGAGGCGAAGAACAUUAUAACGACAAUUUGUGACGAACAGUGCAUGAUGGCAGAUGCCUUGCUUCCGAAGCAUUGUGCCAAAAUUCUUUCCGCCGCGGCCAGUCGGAAGAAGAAAGACAAAAACAAGAAACACAUGGACGACAUCAGGCGACCGGGAGAUGAAAGUUACAGAAAAACUCGGGAAGAGCUGACAACUAUGGAUAAAUUGCACAUGGCUCUAACAGAACUUUGUUUCGCUAUCAAUUACUGCCCAACGGUUAACGUGUGGGAGUACGCCUUCGCUCCCAGGGAAUAUCUUUGCCAACAUUUAGAGACACGCUUUUCUAGAGCUUUGGUGGGAAUGGUUAUGUAUAAUCAGGAUACAAUGGAAAUUGCCAAACCUUCUGAACUGCUGGCCUCUGUAAGAGCCUACAUGAACGUGCUGCAAACUGUGGAAUACUAUGUCCACAUCGACAUCACCAGGGUGUUCAACAAUUGCUUAUUGCAGCAGACACAGGCCCAGGAUAGCCAUGGAGAGAAGACCAUUGCAGCCCAUUACAAUACUUGGUAUUCAGACGUUCUACUGAGAAAGGUCAGUGGAGGAAAUAUUGUGUUCUCUUUGAAUCAGAAAGCUUUCGUCAGCAUAACCCCAGAGGGUUGCAUUCCUUUUAAUCCGGAAGAAUUUUCCGAUUUCAACGAGUUGCGCGCCUUAGCCGAGCUGAUUGGUCCCUAUGGAAUUAAGCUGCUGAAUGAGUCCCUGAUGUGGCACAUUGCUAACCAAGUGCAGGAACUCAAACGAAUGGUUGCGCUCAACAAAGAGGUCCUCAUUAUUCUCCGCAGCAAUUUUGAUAAACCGGAAAUCAUGAAAGAACAGUUCAAGCGUCUUCAACAAGUAGACAACGUGCUGCAACGUAUGACCAUAAUCGGAGUUAUCCUUAGUUUUCGUCAGCUCGCUCAGGAAGCCCUGGUUGAUGUUCUAGAUCAACGCAUUCCAUUCCUCUUGUCGUCCGUGAAAGACUUCCAAGAGCACGUUCCCGGAGGGGAUCCCCUCAAAACCGUGUCCGAAAUGGCGUCAGCUUCCGGACUCAAGUGCAAGGUUGAUCCUGCUCUAUCGAACGCCCUAAAGGCGCACAAGCCAGAACUGGACGAAGCCGAACACCUGAUAGUUUGUCUUCUGAUGGUGUUCGUAGCCGUUUCCAUUCCAAAGUUGGCCAAAAACGAAAAUUCCUUCUACCGCGCGUCCCUGGAAGCGCACACCAACAACACUCACUGUAUGGCCGUUGCCAUCAACAACAUCUUCGGGGCAAUGUUUACAAUCUGCGGGCAGAGUGACAUCGAAGACAGGAUGAAGGAAUUUCUGGCCCUGGCCAGUUCGUCGCUCCUCAGGCUAGGUCAGGAAUCCGACAAAGAAGCGAUCAAGAACCGGGAAUCGAUCUACCUGCUUCUGGAUCAAAUCGUUCAAGAAUCACCAUUCCUCACGAUGGACUUGCUCGAAUCGUGCUUCCCGUACGCGCUGAUCCGAAACGCGUACCAUGCCGUCUACAAGCAGGAGCAACUGAUGCACUAGAAUGGGAACAGCUGUGUAAUUGUUCAGUAAAAUAGAAAGUCUAGGGUGCAUGCUGAAUUUGAAAUGAAAUGGAACAAAACAUGUUUUCUACAAAGUUAUUUCUAAAAAAAAGAAGUUUGUUCGGUAUUACUGUAAAUGGAUAUUAUUUUCAUGAUUAACGAAACAAAUCCUCUUUAUUUCUUAUACAGAAGUAUGAGACUUGAAAAUAGCCUGAACCAAUUGAUUGUUUUCAAUUAACCUAGAGUUAAUUAGAAAUCCCUUUGAGAAACUAAAACUGACAUAUAUCUGUCUAUAUUCUGUUGUAUCUACCAUUUUUCAUGUAAUUUAUAGUGAAACAUCAAUGACUUGAGCAAUCAUUUUCUACUCAAAACACCUGUUGUUGUGAAUCCAUCAACCAAGCCGUUCUCUUCGCGAACGUUUGUACCCUAGCGAGUACUAUUAAAUCUUUUGUUCAACUUCCUCUUUGAAGAUUAAGCCAGGAAUGUUUUAUCUCACAUCUAUGUGUUUCAAUAAUUGUCGAUGUUAUUGAUAUUCACGAAAACAUAACAAAAAAAAAGAUCCGUAUAUAACGGGAAACUUUCAAAUGAAUCAAACAGACGAUCAAAAAUGCUUAGAAACAACUUUGUAGAUUUUUUGUCCUUCAUCAGUAAAACACUCACUGGGUCAAAAGGCUUCGCUUUUUUCGAAAAAUGCACCGAUCAAUAUGCUUUUAUUCGAUUUGAAAUAUAUUAUUACCAAAAGAAUCCAUUUAGGCUAAACUUCGUAUUAUUUAAAUCGAUAUCGCGUAUCUACUAAUCAUUUACAUACGAUACUAUUUAGAAGUUUACGUCAAACUUUUCGCCUUCGAACAUACGCAAAGGAAAUACUACACGCAAUAAUAGGACGCAAUCAGUGAAGUACUAAAUCGAAAGUAGUAAGCUGGAUUUUUGUAUGGUGAGAUGAUCAGUUUUCUAUUUCUGCAAUGGAAUGGUGCAAACAGCGUGGAUAUUAUGGUUUCUUAUCUUAUCUGUUUGAGCAAAAGUUGGAGUAACUGUGAUGUUAAAGUGGCAAGAAAUAAAUAAUAUAAAACACGGUUACCCAAACUUUUGCUCAAAUAACAACAACUUAGGCUGGAAAUUAUAAAACCCACGCUGUUUGCACCAUUUCAUUGCAGAAACGGAGAGUUGAUCAUCUCACCAUACAAAAAUCCAGCUCACUACUCUUAUCUAGGGGAAUCAACGUAUUUUGGACACAGCGUUACGCCAAUAUAUUUUGGACACUUCCAUUUGUUUUUGCCGUAGGUGUCCAAAAAAUAUUGGCUCGUUGCUGUGUCCAAAAUAUGUUGGUUCCCCUAGUACUUCACUGAUUGCGUCCUAUUGCACAAACUGCGAACACAAAUUUACAACACAUGGACUUCUGCAGAUGUGUCAGAAUGUAUUACGUGUAACAUUUUGUUUGGCGCAAGGUUGCAACCAUUCAUUUGCAAAGAUUUACAUUCAUUUCCUAUUAUCUCAGUUUAGAAGCAUGCUAUCGAAAAACAAUGUAUGGAUGAAUUUAACCUUGUAGCUUUAUCUGAAAGUUUGCCGAAUAACAUUGGGGUCGCAAACGUAUACCAAAGCCCUGAGCGAGCUGUGAAGGUAACUUUCCACAGCGUGAAUGAAAUUUACAUUCAUUGGUAUACGUUUGCGACCCCAAUGUUAUUCGGCAAACUUUCAGAUAAAACUACAAGGUUAAAUUCAUCCAUACAUUGUUUUUCGAUAGCAUGCUUCUGAACUGAGAUAAUAGCAAAUGAAUGUAAAUAUUUGCAAAUGAAUGGUCGCAACCUUGGUUUGGCGUUCUGUUGGCGACAUGAUUAUUUCAUGGAACCUAUGAAGAAUAUAUCAUCUUGAGUAGUACUCAGAUUUGUACGGUAAUAUCGAAUAAUAAAUUAAAAACUAUGUAAUAUUCAAUGUAAUGCGACAUGUACAUCGUAGCGUCAUUUGUAAACGGCAAUAUUUCAUAAAAUCAUAAGAAUAAAAUAUUAUUCAUAGAAAGUA